GGGAUGAAGCGUCAGACUCCUCCACGCUGCCUAUCGCUCAAUGCUUACCCUUCCUCCUCCUCACGUAACAUUCCGGAGUCAGUAAUCGUGCAAUUUCCUUGCUCAAACAUGAGAAUGCAGAACGAGUCUGGGAAGGAGGGCCGGUUCGUUCUUGGUGAGGAGACGGCUUUUGCAUUGCCUGCCAAGACACACAGCGGACAAAAGCUUCGACUACAGGACGCUUGGGUGUUGAUGGUACUCACUCUCGAUGAAGCAACCUUGCAGGAUGUUGGCGAGUAUCCCGCUUCAAUAGGCAGGAGGGAACAGGACGAAGCUGGGUGUGCUACAACGUGCUACCUGUGUGCUGAUCAAAUUCUUGUCCAUGCCGGGAGUCGGAGCAUUUCACGGUGUUGGGUGUGUGUGGUGACGUCACUGGUUUUGCAGAGAGACGCGGCAAAGAUGGCGCGGAUAAUCCGGUUGCCUUAG